AUGGAUACAUGGGAAGAUGACCGUGUUGAUCAGAGAGCGUGCCUUAUCUGUGGCGACCGAGCCACGGGCCUGCAUUAUGGCAUCAUCUCCUGCGAGGGCUGCAAAGGAUUCUUUAAGCGCAGCAUCUGCAACAAGAGAGUGUACCGAUGCAGCCGGGACAAGAAUUGCGUUAUGUCACGCAAGCAGAGGAACCGCUGCCAGUACUGCCGACUCCUCAAGUGCCUUCAGAUGGGGAUGAAUAGGAAAGCAAUCAGAGAAGAUGGGAUGCCUGGGGGCAGAAACAAGAGCAUUGGACCUGUGCAGAUCUCAGAUGAGGAGAUUGAACGAAUAAUGUCUGGCCAGGAAUUUGAAGAGGAAGCCAACACAUCAUGGAGUAACAAUGGGGACAGUGACCAUAGCUCUCCAGGGAAUGGAGUUUCUGAGAGUAAUCAGCCCUCCCCAGUAUCUACACCCUCAUCCAGUAGAUCGAUGGAAUUAAAUGGAUAUAGCGCUCUUCGGGACCAAUAUUUGGGGACCCCAAGCUCUACACACUACCAGUACCUACCUCAUCUCUUCAGUUAUUCUGCCCAUUCGGGUCUGAUCCCAUCGCAAACUCGAAGUUUAGACCCACAGUCACUAACCCUCAUCAACCAGCUGCUGUCAGCCGAGGACAUGGAACCACUCAACACACCAAUGUUAAUUGAAGAUGGGUACAAAGUGACCCAGUCUGAACUGUUUGCCCUGCUGUGCCGACUUGCAGAUGAGCUGCUGUUUCGGCAGAUCACAUGGGUGAAAAAGCUGCCAUUUUUCUGCGAUCUGUCCAUAAAGGAUUAUACUUGCCUGCUCAGCACUACUUGGCAGGAGCUCAUACUGUUAUCUUCACUCACUACGUAUAGCAAGCAGAUCUUCGGGGACUUGGCUGACGUUACCUCCAAAUACUCUCCUUCGGAGGACGAGUUGCACAGGUUCAGCGAGGAAGGCAUGGAAGUAAUGGAGCGGCUUAUAUACCUUUACCGCAAGUUUAGUCAACUGAAAGUCAGCAAUGAAGAAUACGUUUGCAUGAAAGCCAUCAACUUCCUGAAUCAAGAUAUCCAGGGUCUAAGCAGUGUUUCCCAACUGGAGCAGCUGAACAAGCGGUACUGGUAUGUGUGCCAAGACUUCACAGAGUAUCGGUACCCGCACCAGCCCAACAGAUUCCCGGACUUGAUGAUGUGUCUGCCGGAGGUUCGCUACAUCGCUGGGAAGCUGGUGAAUGUGCCCCUUGAACAACUACCCCUGCUUUUCAAAGCCUUUCUACACUCGUGCAAAACAAGCCUGAGCAAAGAGUGAAGCUUUAAAGCAAGGUCACGUUGACUGGUAACCACAGAAGGGAAAGACUGCUUCUGGGUCAGCUGAAAAGCAAAAAAAAAAAAAAAAAGAGAGACAAUGUGAAACCCGU